AUGGGAUCCACCGCGGGCCCGGACGGAGCCCUGGGCUACGUCCGCGAGUUCACGCGCCACUCCUCCGACGUACUCGGCAAUUUAAACGAGCUGCGCCUGCGCGGGAUACUCACUGAUGUCACGCUGCUGGUUGGCGGGCAACCCCUCCGAGCACACAAGGCGGUUCUCAUCGCCUGCAGUGGCUUCUUCUAUUCCAUUUUCCGGGGCCGUGCCGGAGUAGGGGUGGACGUGCUCUCCCUGCCUGGAGGCCCUGAAGCUGGAGGCUUUGCACCCCUUCUGGACUUCAUGUACACUUCACGCCUGCGCCUCUCUCCUGCCACUGCCCCCUCUGUCCUCGCAGCUGCCACCUACCUGCAGAUGGAACAUGUGGUUCAGGCAUGCCACCGCUUCAUCCAGGCCAGUUAUGAACCUCUGAGCAUCUCCCUGCGUCCGCUGGAGGCAGAACCCCCCACACCUCCAACAGCCCCUCCACCAGGCAGUCCCAGGCGCUCUGAAGGACACCCAGAUCCACCUACUGAAUCUCGCAGCUGCAGUCAAGCCCCUCCCAGUCCAUCCAGCCCAGACCCCAAGGCCUGCAACUGGAAAAAGUACAAGUUCAUCGUGCUAAACUCUCAAGCAGGAAGCCUCGCAGGAGAGAGGAGUUCUGGUCAACCUUGCACCCAAACCAGGCUCCCCAAUGGCGAUGAGGCCUCCAGCAGCAGUAGCAGUAGCAGCAGCAGCAGCAGCAGCGAAGAAGGACCUAUUCCUGGUCCUCAAAGCAGGCCCUCUCCCCUUGCAGCUGCCACACGGUUCAAAUCCGAGACUCCAUCCAGUACCCCUCAUCUCCUCACGCCCAGGGCCCAGGAGACCACCAGAUCACCUGCUGAGCGGGCUCGUCCAUCACCAGGAAGUGAUUUUUUCAGCUGCCAGAACUGUGAGGCUAUGACUGGGUGCUCCUCGGGGCUGGACCCCUUGACUUCUGGAGAGGAGGACAAACCCUACAAGUGUCAGCUCUGCCACUCGGCCUUCCGUUAUAAAGGCAAUCUUUCCAGUCACCGCACCGUGCAUACAGGAGAGAAGCCUUACCACUGUUCCAUCUGCGGAGCUCGCUUUAACCGGCCAGCAAACUUGAAGACACACAGCCGUAUCCACUCAGGAGAGAAGCCCUAUAAGUGUGAGACGUGUGGCUCAAGAUUUGUUCAGGUAGCUCAUCUGCGCGCACACGUGCUGAUCCACACUGGGGAGAAACCUUACCCUUGUCCCACCUGCGGGACUCGCUUCCGUCACCUCCAGACCCUCAAGAGCCAUGUUCGCAUCCACACCGGAGAGAAGCCUUACCACUGUGACCCCUGCGGCCUACAUUUCCGGCACAAAAGUCAACUGCGGCUGCAUCUUCGCCAAAAGCAUGGAGCUGCCACCAACACCAAAGUGCACUACCACAUCCUGGGGGGGCCCUAG